AUGUGUAGUAGUGCUUUCACAAUUUUGUUAUUUAUAUCUACAAGUAAUAUCCAAAUUACAAGUAUGGAUACAGUGCCAAAAGGUAUAAACAAUUUAACGUAUUUGAAAAGAGAUGAUCAUGCUCUAUUCAGUUCUAAAUAUGACGAUGAAACUCUUACGAAAGGUGACUUAAAAUUGUGGAAAAGACGUCGCAGAAUGUCUGAAAUUUUGGACAGAAGAUCAAAUGUAAGCGGUGAGGUCAAAGAAACUAGACUACCAAUAAAGUAUUCCAAGUACGAAGUGAAUGAAUUGGUUUCAUCGGAAGCUAACAACGAGGUAUUAAUAAAAAAAUUCAAAGAACUUUGGCCAGUAAAUUUAUGGCGUCGCUUUGGCCUGUUUACCGAUGAUUAUCUACACUUGGUGAAUCCAUACUGGCUGAGCUUCGCCCCGCCACAUCCUUUACUGCAUUAUGGCCUCGGUGCAUUCUACAUCAUGAUGACCACUGUUGGGUCCACUGGCAAUGCUUUGGUGAUGUUCAUGUAUUUUAGAUGCCGUUCCCUGAGAACGCCGGGAAAUAUUCUAGUUGCAAAUCUAGCAUUGAGUGAUUUUAUGAUGCUUGCGAAGACACCUAUUUUUAUAUUUAAUUCGUUUAACCUCGGACCAGCUUUAGGCAAAACUGGUUGCGUUAUUUAUGGAUUUGUUGGUGGGUUAACAGGAACUACGUCAAUAGCAAUCCUAACCGCAAUAUCCUUAGAUCGGUACUGGGCGGUCGUGCGGCCAUUGGAACCACUACGAGCUCUGACUGCCAUCCGUGCUCGACUCAUGGCAAUAGCUGCAUGGAUUUACGCUACAUUAUUUGCCAUAAUUCCAGCCUUGGAUAUAGGUUACGGUCGCUACGUGCCCGAAGGAUUCCUGACAAGCUGUAGUUUUGAUUAUCUAACUGAAGAACUUCCGCCUCGCUAUUUCAUUUUUGUAUUUUUUUGCGCAGCCUGGCUCGCGCCUUUCUGCACCAUAUCGUACUGUUAUAUAAGCAUAUUUCGGGUUGUCGUAUGUAGUCGAAAUAUUACUACAAAAAAUCAAGAACAACGGCUCUCCACGAGACAUGUAAAGGAGCGAACAAAACGUAAAGCUGAAAUCAAACUUGCCUUUUUGGUUAUAGUUGUUAUUGCAUUGUUUUUUAUUUCAUGGACACCGUAUGCUAUUGUUGCACUUUUAGGAAUAUUUGGAAAAAAGGAUCUUAUCAAACCGCUAACAUCCAUGAUACCUGCAUUAUUUUGUAAAACAGCCGCUUGUAUUAAUCCUUUCAUUUAUAUCAUUACUCAUCCUAAAUUUCGAAAGGAAUUCAAGAGAAUGUUGUCCAGAGAUAAAACAGAACGAAGUGGAACAAUAAAAACUAUUGGAUAUUAUACUGAAGCGAGUAAAUUCCAUCGUCCUAGUAAGGACUUCAGUGACACUGAAGUUGAAAUCGUUGAAAUGAAAGAUAUACCGUACCGAAAUGAAGACACAACUAACACAGUUGAAGAAAAAAUUAAUACGGUGUCUGCUAAAUUAGCUAAACGAGAAGGAUCGCAAAAAUCGCAAAGUAGUAUCAGCAUGAAAAGUUUCGAAGAAAACGUUGUGAGUCCCCCUUCGUGGUAUUGUAAACCGAAAUUCGCCAAAAAAAAGAGUUUCCAUCGUCGUUCUACACAUAGUAUGGUUUCUCAAAAUACCGAUCCAACUGUCUAAUUAAGCAUAUCCAUUUAAUUAAGCGCUAGUAUCGUAGUAAUAUUACAUGUCGUAGCUGCUAGUGAAAUUGGAUAAAUAAUAUAUUGUCACGAAAAUAAUGUGGGCACCUAACGACUAAUUAGGUAUACUAUAUUAUCCCAAUUUUUAUUUCUUAAAUGAGCAGUUUGCAAUUUCUCACACGAAGAACACAGAGAAAAACUCACAGAAGUUGUUUCCUACACAGGAUUUGUCUUAAUCGGACCACAGAGAGGUUUGUUUACAUUUUAAUUUAUUUUUUCUAAUAAUUAAAAUU